AGGCCUUGGCGGGAAGAUGACGGCCACACCUGCCCCAGCGCCGGGUUUCUCCCAAACGGGAGGACGCUGGAACUGUGGCUGUCCCUGAACAGCCGAGAAGAGUUCGCGAUGAAUCUUUCGCGCUGGAGAGGGAAACGGCGGCGUUCAACAUCAGGCUCGGAUUCCUUCUUGGGAAGCAGCGGUGACAGCAGUGACAGCAGUGACAGCUGUGACAGCCGUGACAGCCACCUGCGCCCCUCCGAGCCUGUGCUGAGCCCGCCCCCCGGCCUAGGACGCAGCUUGAGGGACGGCAGCCGCAGUCCAGCAGGGGAAUGCAAGCAAACCGAUCCCAACGAUCAAACAGACAAGCUGCUAUUGGCAAAUUGGGGACUUCCUACAGUGGUUCUGGAGACAUAUCACAGUUUUGGUGUAAGAAAGAUGUUUAAAUGGCAAGCAGAAUGUCUUUUGCUUGGACAAGUCCUGGAAGGAAAGAAUUUAGUUUAUUCAGCUCCUACAAGUGCCGGAAAGACUCUUGUUGCUGAAUUACUUAUUUUGAAGCGUGUUUUGGAAAUGCGGAAGAAAGCUUUGUUUAUUCUGCCCUUUGUCUCUGUGGCUAAAGAGAAGAAAUACUAUCUCCAGAGUCUGUUCCAGGAAGUAGGAAUAAAAGUAGAUGGUUAUAUGGGCAGUACCUCUCCAAAAUGGCGUUUCAAUUCCUUGGAUGUUGCUGUCUGCACAAUUGAGAGAGCCAAUGGUCUGAUCAAUCGUCUCAUAGAAGAAAAUAAGAUGGAUCUGUUAGGAAUUGUGGUUGUGGAUGAACUGCACAUGCUGGGAGACUCUCACCGAGGGUAUCUGCUGGAACUCUUGCUGACCAAGAUUUGUUACAUUACUCAGAAGUCAGUAUCUUGCCAAGCCAAUUUAGCCAGUCCUCCACCGUACGCCAUGCAGAUUGUAGGCAUGAGUGCUACUCUUCCUAAUUUGGAGCUUGUGGCUUCCUGGUUGAAUGCUGAGCUCUAUCACACUGACUUCCGUCCUGUCCCAUUGUUGGAGUCAGUAAAGCUUGGAAAUUCCAUAUAUGACUCUUCAAUGAAGCUUGUGAGGGAAUUUCAGCCCAUGCUCCAGGUGAAGGGAGAUGAAGACCAUGUUGUUAGUUUAUGCUAUGAGACUGUUCGUGAUAACCAUUCAGUAUUAAUUUUUUGUCCAUCAAAGAAAUGGUGUGAGAAGCUGGCUGAUACUAUUGCCCAUGAGUUUUACAAUCUACAGCAUCAAGCUGAGGGACUGGAAAGGUCAUCUGAACUCUCAUCCGUGACGCUGGAACAAAAGGGCCUCCUAGAAGUGAUUGAUCAGCUAAAACAUUCGCCUUCAGGACUGGACUCUGUAUUAAAAAAAACUGUACCAUGGGGAGUAGCAUUUCAUCAUGCAGGUCUCACUUUUGAAGAGAGGGAUAUCAUUGAAAGAGCCUUCCGUCAAGGUCAGAUUCGGGUCUUGACAGCAACUUCUACUCUCUCAUCUGGGGUGAAUUUACCUGCACGUCGUGUAAUUAUUCGGACUCCUGUUUUCAGUGGUCGACCUCUAGAUAUUCUUACAUACAAGCAGAUGGUUGGUCGUGCUGGUAGGAAAGGAGUGGACACAGUAGGUGAGAGUAUCUUGAUUUGUAAGAACUCUGAGAAAUCAAAAGGCAUAGCUUUACUUCAGGGAUCUCUAAAACCUGUUCGCAGCUGUCUUCGAAGACAAGAAGGAGAAGAAGUAACUGUGAGCAUGAUAAGAGCUAUUCUGGAGAUAAUAGUUGGUGGAGUGGCAAGUACAUCACAAGAUAUGCAGACUUAUGCUUCUUGCACAUUUUUGGCUGCAAGUAUGAAAGAAGGGAAACAGGGAAUUCAGAAAAAUCAAGAUCCUGUUCAACUAGGAGCAAUCGAAGACUGUGUAAUGUGGCUGCUAGAAAAUGAAUUCAUCCAGACUACUGAAGCUAGUGAUGGAACAGAAGGAAAGGUGUAUCAUCCAACACAUCUUGGUUCGGCAGCUCUUUCUUCCUCACUUUCUCCAACUGAUACUUUAGAUAUUUUUGCUGACCUCCAAAGAGCAAUGAAGGGCUUUGUUUUAGAGAAUGAUCUGCAUAUUGUCUAUCUGGUUACACCUAUGUUUGAGGAUUGGACUACCAUUGAUUGGUAUCGAUUCUUCUGUUUAUGGGAGAAAUUGCCAACCUCUAUGAAACGGGUGGCAGAGCUAGUGGGAGUUGAAGAAGGGUUCUUGGCUCGCUGUGUGAAGGGAAAAGUAGAAGCGAGAACUGAGAGACAACACCGACAAAUGGCCAUCCAUAAAAGGUUUUUUACCAGUCUUGUGUUAUUAGAUUUAAUUAGUGAAGUUCCCUUAAAGGAAAUUAAUCAGAAAUUUGGAUGCAGUCGUGGGCAGAUUCAAUCUUUACAACAGUCAGCUGCUGUUUAUGCAGGGAUGAUUACAGUAUUUUCCAACCGCCUGGGCUGGCACAACAUGGAACUACUACUUUCCCAAUUUCAGAAGCGUCUUACAUUUGGCAUCCAGAGGGAGCUGUGUGACCUUGUUCGGGUGUCCUUGCUUAAUGCCCAGCGAGCCAGAUCCCUCUAUACUUCUGGCUUUCUUACUGUGGCAGAUCUUGCCAGAGCAAAUGUUGCUGAAGUGGAGGCUGUUCUGAAAAAUGCUGUGCCUUUUAAAAGUGCCCGAAAGGCAGUGGAUGAGGAAGAAGAAGCAGCUGAAGAGCGUCGGAAUAUGCGAACUAUUUGGGUGACUGGCAGAAGAGGUUUAACUGAAAGGGAAGCAGCAGCCCUUAUAGUGGAAGAAGCCAAAAUAAUUCUAAAGCAGGACUUAGUUGAAAUGGGAGUGAAGUGGAAUCCACAUCCUCAUUUAGAUUCUGAUACACACUCAUUGACCAGCAGUGAAUCAGAAGUAAAGGAGCAUAAAUUUAUACAUCAAACUAAGGGUUCUUGUGAAAGAUUAGCAUCAAAGAAAAAAAGUAACACAAUAUUGAGUGAUUCUUCUGUUAAGGAUUCACCAAAUAAAAUGCAAGAUUUAGGUAAAAGCAGAGAAGAUACAAAUUCCUUUUAUUAUCAGUUUCAGGAUGGGAAUCAAGAAUGUCAAAUACAUUCAAUUUCCAGAGCAAGAGAAUUGGCUUAUUUGAAUAUAAGUAAAGGGAAGCUAGAAACCUCUUUGAAUGAAGGAAAAACAAGAACUAAGAAAGUUUUUCAGACUAUCUUAUCUGAGAAAACAAAAAAAGAAGCUGUGAAUUUCAGUUCAGAAAAGAUGAGUACAGGCUUUCAAUCUUGGAAAUACAGAAAGCAUCUAAAACAAUCCAGAGACAGUAGCCCUAUGAAAGACGCUGAGAUGUGUAAAACUGAUUUACAAAAACAGACUAAGUCUGAUCAUGUUUGUGAAGAUUCAUUUACCUCAGAUGAUAAGAAUAUGGAAUUUAGAAAUCCAGGACCAUUUGCUAAAAAUACAUCUUUUUGUGCUGAAGGAAAGCAUAGCAAAGCAUCAUUCCCAUCACAAACAGAACAAAGUUGUUCAAGGAGAAAAACAAUAACUAAUGGUAUUCUUGUAGAACAUAUUAUCACAAGAUCCCAGAGUAAAAAAGGGACUUGUGAAGCCACCAGUGUGGUUAGUGAAAAUGGAAGAGGAUUAGCUGUUACUGAGUCAGAAAAAAUAGACCAAGUGCUGAUACAAUGUGAUUCAAAAAGCCAGAAUGUUUAUGUUAAACACCAUGAUGUCCAUCCAGUUAACCAGUGCCCAGAGAAGCAGUCUGAUAAACAGACAACUAACUAUACCAAACAGAAACGAAUAAUAGAGACACAAAUGCCUUGUGAUACAGUCAGUCGUUAUAUGAAUACAGACUCAAAUGCUAUUAUCAAAUGUAAUAGUGUAAAGUUGAAUGCUGAGGAAAAGAAGUCAAAUAAUCUUCAGGUAUCUGGAGAUAAUAUAAGCAACACUGAGAUACCUAGUGGAGUACCUCUACCAGCUGGAACAUUUGGUGAAUCUGGAGGCCAGCAGGAGAAUGUUCUAAAUGCCUCUAGAAUACAAGAAAAAACAGAUGCUUAUGCAGCAAACAAAUCUAAAAAUAAUUGUGCUUCUGAUUUACAGUUAGUUCCUUCUGAUUUUGAAGACAGUUUCUACCUGGGUACUCAGUCCGAGAUAGUUAUACAACAAAUGGCAACUGAAGAUGUCAAACAAGGAACAAAGGACACCAGCCUGGCAACAGAGAUGAUGCAGAAGAGUCUAGACAAACAAGGCUCGAGCUCUUUUCAGAAUGAGAUUCACAUUACCUUUCCCAGCGAACAACAUUCUCCAGGAGUGAUAAAUAUAGAUCAUUUGGAACCAAAGGCCGUAGAUACUAUGAAACAAAACCCUGGUUCACAUGCGGUUGAUAUCCUGACUCCGGAAAGCCCACUUUUCCAUUCUCCAAUAUUAUUGAGGGAAAAUGGCCCUUGCUUUAAAGGGAAUGAAUUUUCUGUUACCGACUCCCAAUUAAAUAGUUUUCUUGAAGGUUAUCAAACACAAGAAGCUAUGAAACCAGUUAUAUCUCUGGUCCCUCAAAAGAGAACUCCCACAGAUAUAAAAGUAGAGUGUCUGCCAGUUCCUGACACAAGUUGGAAUUUGAGUAAUAGUUUACUCUUUGAUAGUUUCAGUGAAGACUACCUAGCAAAAGAACGGCCACCUGAUGUUGGAGCAGAAGAACCCCUUCUUUCUGAAGUAGUGUCAAGCCAUUUCAGUGAUUCUCUGUGUCUACAGCCAGAGGGCCCAAUUAAAUCAAAUAUGUAUGAAAACCAAGAUAAUCAACAACAGUUGACUUGUUUCAGUGAUGAGUCUAUUUUAUUCUCAGAAAUGGACACUGCUCAGAUGGUUGAAGCUUUGGACAAUGUAGAUAUAUUUCCUGUCCAAGAUAAACAUAAUACUAUAGUAUCUUUUAAAGCGUUAGAAUUAAGUGAUCCAGUUGGUAAUGAUUAUUCCCAAGGAGAUGUAACUGGGGGAGAUAAAGAUGAAAAUCCUCAAAAAUCCAAAUUAACUCAGACAGCACAGAAUAAUUCAUUCACAUGGUCUGGAGCAUCAUUUGAUUUAAGUCCAGGACUGCAAGAGCUUUUAGAUAAAGUGUCCAGUCCUCUAGAAAAUGCAAAGCUAAAAUUAACGGCUAUAAGCUUAUCUAGUUUGAAAGGAAAAAAUACAAAAUUAAAUGACAAACAAAAAGUGGUUUCAAAUUUGGAGCCAAAUCAAGUGCAGGGAACUUCAUUCUCUCCUAAUAUUGAAGUAAAAAGCGAGAUCGAGGCACCAGAGAACAAUGCUGUUCAUGGUGAAACCCUAUCCCUCCUGCCUUGUAAAGAAAGUUGUGCAGUUGAUGAUAAUGGACUCAUUCCUCCUACACCGAUUCCAGCAUCUGCUUCUAAGCUGUCAUUUCCAGGUAUUCUUGGAACAUCCUCUGUAAAACUUCAGAAAACUAGUGGUGUUUUACAACUUGGUGAAAGUUAUUCAUUUAGCUCACCAUCAGAUGUUAAAAGCCAUGAUUUAAGUCCAGAGAACAAAAAUAAUGCAAAAGACAAUAGUCCUAUUAGAGACAGAAGUUUUUCACUGCUGUUAUCACAAGAUGGGUCACAGUUAACUCCAACCUCAUGCAGUGCAGAAAGCUUGGCUAUAAUUGAUGUAGCAAGUGACCAAACUGUCUUUCAAACAUUCAUUAAGGAGUUGCGGUGCAAAAAGCGAUUUUCCAUCUCACUGGCUUGUGAAAAGAAGAGUAAUUUAACAUCUUCUAAAAGUGUUACUAUUGGUGGUAGGUUUAAGCAAGUUAGGUCACCUCAGGAAACUCCUAUUAGAAAUGACGGAUUGCCUGUUAAAGGUUGUAAUAAUAUCUUGGUGAUUGGACUGGCUGUGUGCUGGGGUGGAAGAGAAGCCUAUUAUAUUUCAUUGCAGAGGGAACAAAAGGAUUCUGAAAUUGGUGCUAAUUUGGUCCCACCCUCUUUGGAUCCAAAUCUGACUGUGAAGGACAGAAUGUGGCACCUUCAGUCCUGCUUCCCAAAGGAAUCUGAUAAGGAACGUACUGUUAUCAUCUAUGACUUCAUCCAGAGCUAUAAAAUUCUUCUUCUGUCUUGUGGUAUCUCCCUGGAACAAAGUUAUGAAGAUCCUAAGGUGGCAUGCUGGUUAUUAGAUCCAGAUUCUGAGGAGCCAACCCUUCACAGCAUAGUUGCCAGUUUUCUUCCUCACGAGCUUCCACUCCUGGAAGGGAUAGAGAUGGGCCAAGGAAGUCAAAGCCUGGGGCUGAAUGUCAACACUGAGCAUUCUGGACGAUACAGAGCAUCAGUAGAGUCCAUUCUCAUCUUCAACUCUAUGGACCAACUCAAUUCUUUGUUGAAGAAGGAAAACCUUUAUGAUGUUUUAUGCAAAGUGGAAAUGCCCUGUCAGUACUGCUUGGCCUUGCUAGAACUAAAUGGGAUCGGCUUUAGUGCUGCGGAAUGUGAAAGUCAGAAACACGUAAUGCAAGCCACGCUGCACGCCAUCGAGACUCAGGCCUACCAGCUGGCCGGCCGCAGCUUUUCCUUCACCAGUUCGGAUGACAUUGCUGAGGUUUUAUUUUUGGAAUUGAAGUUGCCACCAAAUGGAGAGAUAGAAAACCAAGGCGGCAAGAAAAUUUGGGCUUCUACCAGAAGAGGGAAUGACAAUGGACGCAAGCUAAGGCUGGGAAAACUGUUCAGCACUAGUAAGGAUGUUUUAAAUAAGUUAAAGGCAUUACAUCCUUUACCAGGCUUGAUAUUAGAGUGGAGAAGAAUCACUAACACUAUCACCAAAGUGAUCUUUCCCCUGCAGCGGGAAAGGCAGCUGCAUCUUGUUUUUGGCAUGGAAAGAAUCUACCCUGUAUCACAGUCACACACCGCUACAGGACGAAUAACCUUUACAGAACCAAAUAUUCAGAGUGUGCCAAGAGAUUUUGAGAUCCAAAUGCCAACACUAGUAGGAGAAAGCCCACCUUUGCAAGCCCAAGGCAAAGGCCUACUUCCCACGGGCAGAGAAGGAAAUAAGAGGGGCUGUGGCCUGACCCCUGGGCACCAGGCACAGAUGGAGGAGAGAACCCCAGACAGAGGAGUGCCAUUUUCGGUCAGCAUGCGGCAGGCCUUCGUGCCUUUCCCAGGUCUGGGUGGUAUAAUAUUAGCUGCCGAUUACUCUCAACUUGAACUGAGGAUCUUGGCUCAUUUAUCCCACGAUAAUCGUCUCAUUCAAGUGUUAAACACUGGAGCUGAUGUUUUCAGGAGUGUUGCAGCUGAAUGGAAGAUGAUUGAGCCAGAGUCUGUUGGGGAUGACCUGAGGCAGCAAGCAAAGCAGAUUUGCUAUGGAAUCAUUUAUGGAAUGGGAGCAAAAUCUUUGGGAGAGCAGAUGGGCAUUAAAGAGAAUGAUGCUGCCUGCUACAUCGAGUCCUUCAGAUCCAGAUACACCGGGAUUAAUCAUUUUGUGAAAGAGACAGUGAAAAAUUGUGAAAGAGAUGGGUUUGUUCAGACCAUUUUGGGAAGGCGGAGAUAUUUACCAGGAAUCAAAGACAACAACCCCUAUCAUAAAGCUCAUGCUGAGCGUCAGGCUAUCAACACAACAGUCCAAGGUUCAGCAGCUGAUAUUGUCAAAAUAGCCACAGUUAACAUUCAGAAGCAAUUAGAGACCUUCCCCUCAACCUUCAAAUCCCAUGGUCAUCGGGAAAGUGCACUUCAAAGUGACAGAACAGGAGGAUUGUUACCGGAGAGAAAACUGCCAGGGGUCUUUGGCCCAGUCAGAGGAGGCUUCUUCAUCCUUCAGCUCCACGAUGAACUCUUAUAUGAAGUGGCAGAAGAGGAUGUUGUUCAGGUUGCUCAGAUUGUCAAGAAUGAAAUGGAAAAUGCCAUAAAACUUUCUGUGAAACUAAAAGUGAAAGUGAAAAUAGGUGGUAGCUGGGGAGCACUGAAGGACUUCGAUGUGUAAAUUAUACAGUUGAUUAAGGCCUCCUAAAAGCCUUGUGUGGGAACAAUUACAUGGGAAGAAUAGAGAUUACCCCUUCACCUACUUCACGAAAGCAGAAACCAUGAAGUCUUAACAGAUUUAGCAUAGUAAUUUAUAGUAGGAGUUUCAAAAUGUAUAUGAGAGUUUAUUCUCUGUAGAGUAAAAAAUCUUUUUUGAGGUAAAAGCACCAAGUUUAAUGAUUAUGUUCCCUCUCAAAGAGUAUUUAUGAAAGCCUCUCAUAGCUUACUGUGGCUCUAAACAGGUUCAGCACUCAUCCUUGAAAUAUGCACUUAGCACGUUGGGUCCUCACCUGUCUGGACCGAGCAUGCGAAAAAUGGAACAGUUGCCUCAGAGGUACUUUCAGCCCUGUCCAGGGUCCAACAGGAGCCACCGACGGAUAAGGAUUUUACUUCAUGUACCUCACCAGGGUUAGGCCUUGUGUGUGAUUUUUCACCAAUAUCAAUUUAAGACUACUGAAGUAGUAUUUUUAAAUAGCAUUGGCUAAUAAAUUAUGAAUUCUAUAAAGUGGUAAGUCUUGAUAUGGAUGUAGUCAAGGAAUGGGUUUUCAUGAAAUGCUGUUUCUGCUUCCUUUCCUCUCUCCAAUUCAUGCAAUGAAUGUAUUUACAAUACUUAGGUAUUAUAAAAUAGGCUGCGCCUCUUGAAGAGGUAUCCUGUUCUGUAAGAUAAGGUGUUUGUAUUGCAGUUUAAUAUAAUACUUCCAGAGAAGGAAAACACCCUCUUAUCAGUCCUCUAUGUCUCUUUCUAUGUUUGUAGCAUGGUGAGAAUACUGACCCCCCGAAAAGAUUGCACUUCAAGAAUCCCUGUAUACCUGACCUUUUUACUGUCAAAAUAAAAUGUAUUUAUGAGAAA